CGACGACGCGACACUCGCUGACAGAACCGCCACCAUCAUGCCGAUCUCGUACGCGAUGAUUGCCCGCGACCUGGCCGUGCUUUGUGAAUACACAGACGAACCGACAGACGCUGAGCCGGCCAAGUUUGCACAUGCGGUCCUGCGUGACGUCUUCGACAAGGCUCACCCGACAGAGACUCGAAAUGUGUUCACUAUGGGCAAACGCGUGUACUACUACUACGUGUUUGACGGUCUCACGUACAUUUGCAUGUGCGACGAAACGUUUCAACGCGAAGCCGCGUACGCGAUGCUGGAAGAGACCAAGAACGACUUCUUGUCGCGCGGCGGGCACAGGAGCAAGUCCCCCAAGGACUUUGUGCCUCAGCUGCACGCAAUCAUGAUCAAGUAUGAACAUGUCAAGAUUCGAACCAAGAUUGACGUGGUCACGGAUCAAGUGAAGGAAGUAAAGAACAAGAUGGCCGACAGUCUGCAUCGGCUUCUCGAGCGCGGCGUCAAGAUGAACGAACUCGUGAGCAAGACCGAAAAGCUCCACCACGAUGCGCUCGUGUUCCAACAAUCCUCGACCAAGCUCAAGAACGUCCUGUGGUGGAAAAACGUCAAGUACCAGCUCAUCGCGCUCCUCCUAUUCUUCAUGCUGAUGUGGCUUGGCGCGAGCUGGAUAUGCGGGUGGGAUAUGAGCUCAUGCAGCAGUGGUAGCAGGACCCGCAACGUCCCGAUGAUCCGAGACAUCUCGCACUCGGUGUCAGACUCCGUCGAGUCAGCGCAGCACGAAAUAGAGAGUACUGUCGACAAGGCCAAGGGCGCAGCCUCUGAUGCCCUCCAUCGGUAAUUCAACGUGUAGCUGAUUGUUGUUCAAUGCAAUUCAAUGGGUAACGGGCAUUCAUUUUACG